AACUGGCGGAACAGCGGGCACCGAGUCGUCUGGCAUAAUAGGAUCAUCAGGCUGGAUCAGUUCAUCAGGCUGGGUAGAAACAUCCGAGGCACCAGGCUGCACCAUGGAAGGCAGGUUCUCAGAUGGGAGGCUGACCGGUUUGGAUACUGGCAGGAUGGUAUUGGUUGGAAAGAACUUUCGCCUUUUCCUGGUUUUAGUUACCGGAGUACUGUAAGUAAGCGCAGGUUUGUAAAUGGAUGGAGCAGCUGGAGACAGAGAAGAGCUGGAGGAUGGAACAGGGGAGGGAACAGUUGCUACAGAGGGCUUCUUUACAGGGUUAAAGGCAGGAUAGGUGCAGCGAGUGGGAAC